GUGAGCAGAGUAGUGUGUGCCUGUGAUAUGUGUGUGAUAUUUUGCUUAUAAAUGCUAUUACCAAGCAAAAGCCAAAAGGUUGUGCCACACAACAUUCCAUGGGAAUUCAACGCUUAGUCAUGUUCGGAAGCCAACAUCAUCGCAACAUCAUUCACCUGAAGCUGAAGCACAAGAUGAGUGCCACAGCGGCAGCAGCGUGGCUCUUGCGUCACGCCUGCAACUAUGCCACAUUUCUGGGCUUCAUCUGGUUUGGCAUUAAGAGCAAUCACAAUCACGAUGACUCCCUGGUGGCACAGAAUCGCUACUGCUACAAGUGGUUCUGUCUGUUAUCGCGCCUUCUAAUAUCUGGCUACUUUGCCUAUAGGAGCAUGGCUCUCAUCAGUGUCAUCAGCAAUCCGCAGAUGAUUGUGCUCCUAUGGAUACGACUUGCCGGCUUUCUCACCUGCACCGGUGUCAUUAUGUUGAUGCAGUUUUGGUAUGGUCAACGCAUUGUUCGCAUCGUUAACGAUUUCCUGCGACUCUUUCGACGUGUGAGAGCGCUGCCUGGUUGCCAAUUCAUGCAAUUCGGUGGCCGACGUGAGCUCGGAUUGCUCAUCUUCAAGACCAUGUGCCUGCUGUAUGAGCUCGCUUGCGAGUUUCCCAUGUUGUUCAACAAACUCGAUGUCAGCUACAUUCUGACCGUGCUCUGUGAUAUGUACAUUACCAUCAAUGCAAUGAUGAUCGGUCACGCCUGCUUUGUGGGCUUCCUCAGCGUGGGAGCUCUCUAUGCCCAAGUGAAUCGCUAUGUACGUCACGAGCUGCGACGCCAGCUGCGUGGCUUGGAGCAGCCAAAUGGUCAGUGCGCCAGUCGACGGGAGCUGAAGGCUGCCGGGUAUCGUCUGGACGAGUGUCUGGCCAUCUACAAUGAGAUUCAGCGGGUUAGCAGCUCAUUUCAGGAACUCAUUGAGCUGCCACUUUCGCUGAUACUUCUCUUUCUAUUUCUGAGCAUGACGCUGGUCUCGUAUUUUGUGAUGCUCAAUCGAUUUCGUGAUUACAGCAUUAUGAUGCUUGUGGUCAAGUUGUUCAUGGAUCUGGUGCUGCUCACUCUGGCCAUUCAUGGGGCAAGCAGCAGCUCGAGAGUCAUCAAGCGGCUUAGUCUGGAGAAUUGCUAUGUGACCGAACGCAAAGAUUGGCAUGUGAGGCUGGAAAUCUUUUUAAAUCGUCUCAAUUUCUUUGAGUUUCGCGUCAAUCCUUUGGGUCUGUUCGAGAUAUCCAACGAACUGAUAUUGGUUUUUCUCUCCGGCUUGGUCACAUAUCUCACGUACAUAUUGCAAUAUGGCAUUCAGUCGAAUCAAAUUGCACUCAACAUGAAUUCAAACCAUAUUUAAUUAAAUUAAUUCACUUAAUUGUAUUGUCAUUGUAAUAAAUAUCGAUAA